AUGAAAAGUGUGGCAACCAUUCCAAUAAUAACACUCUUAGCGUCCAGUCUUGAAGAGCCAUUACUGAAGUCCACAUCAGCGUUCGAUAAAGGAAGAUCCUUGUAUGGGUUGAAACCAUCAAGGACACUUUCAAAUUCCUCGUCCUCGAACAGAUCCUUAGUAGAGUUCUUGGUCGAGUUGAUUGGCAAGGCACCGUUCUUGCCAGAAGUGGAGGAAUUGCUUUUGGUUGAGGAUUUCGGCGAGCUCUGA